AUGACAUCAAGCAGGUCCAUGGAAUGGAAAGGAAACCAAUCAUCUGUGGCCACAUUUUUUCUCAUGGGUCUCUCAAAUGAAAAAGAGCUGCAGCUCAUCCUCUUUCCAGUAUUCGUUGGGAUCUACCUGGUGACUCUCAUCUGGAACCUGGGUCUCAUCCUUCUCAUCAGGAUGGACUCCCACCUUCACAUACCCAUGUACUAUUUUCUCAGUUUCCUGUCACUUAUAGACAUCUGCUAUUCUUCUUCCAUCAGCCCGAGGAUGCUGUCAGACUUCUUAAAAGAUGAAAAAACGAUCUCCUUCAUUGCCUGUGCCAUUCAAUAUUUUGUUGUGGCCUGGAUGGGUAUGGCUGAGUGCUGCCUCUUGGCAGCCAUGGCCUAUGACCAUUAUGUGGCCAUUGGCAGCCCACUACAAUACUCAGCCAUCAGGGUACCUGGCCUCUGUGGGAAGAUGGUCGCUUGGGCCUAUGUGACUGGUUUCUUUAGUAGUUUAAUUCAAACAGUCUCUUGCUUUCAACUUUACUACUGUGGGCCAAAUAUUCAACAUUUCUUCUGUGACUUGACUCAGAUUAUUUCCUUACCUUGCUCCAAUCCCUUCAUCAGCCAAAUGAUUCUUCUUCUGGUAGCUAUUGUUGUUGGAUUUGGUACUUUGUUUGUUAUCCUCUUAUCCUAUGGUUUCAUUGCAGCUUCCAUCCUGAAAAUAUCCUCAGGCAAAGGCAGUGCCAAAGCCUUCAAUACCUGUGUCUCCCACCUGGCAACUGUGACACUCUAUUAUGGUACAGCCUUCUCUGUGUACCUGAGUCCCAAGUCUAAUCAGUCCAUGAAUCAGGACAAGGUGCGAUCAGUGUUCUAUGUCAUCAUCAUCCCCAUUUUAAACCCUCUGAUCUAUAGUCUGAGGAACAAGGAGAUCAAAGAGGCCCUCAAGAGGCUUAUAAAGAGAGAAAUAGCCUUAUGUCAGUCAGAAUAA